CUCGAGAGUCAGAGUCAGAGCUCCCGUCAAGUGAUUGUUUUCAACUUUUCAAGCAGUUCGCGCAUUUCUGCCGAAGGACGGGAACUCUGACUCUGAUGAACAUUUCGACAAGAAGCAACUUGCAUUUUCUUUCGUGCAAUUUGUUAGAAUGGUGCCUGAUCUCUGGAGAUCCUGCUACAAACAGGUUGCUGAAAGUGAUCUAUGGGAGCUCCAGUAAGGUGGUGUUGAAGCGGAAGUGUGGGCCUGGCGCUGAAGGGCGCAUUUGAAGAAAGAGCUGCAAGUAACGCACACUGAAGGGUUUGCGGCAUGGCUGACAUCAGCGGGCAAGUCAGGGCCUCCUCCUCGCAGCAGGGGGAAGCAAAGCGCUCAAGAGUGACUUCGUACGAGCUGGCGAGAAAGCCUUCAAGAUUGGGGGGAAGGGGCUUUCCUGUCAACCUGAGAGCAAACUAUUUCACGAUCAUGAGGCUGCCCAUUGGCUCGGCCAGACUGUACGAGGUCGACAUCACUCCCUUGAGGCUCGUCCUCGAUGCAAAGAAGAAGCCGGAGAAAGACGAGGACGGCAACGAGAAAUGGAGACGUGUCGAAAAUCUGCUGAUACCCCCCUCCCGGACCACCAACCGAAAGAUCAUCGCUCGCCUUAUUGAGCUGUACAAGGACUCGGACUUCGGCGGCUCCCUGCCGGGUUAUGACGGCAAUAAGCUGCUGUAUGCGAUGGAGGCUUUGAAGUUCGAGGCGAACGGCGAUACUUCCAAGGAGUUCCUGGUUGAUCUGCCCAAGGAGGUCAUUGAAGGAAGGGAGAUUCCUGAGAAGCGGUUUUACGUGAAGCUGUCGCGGCCGGCGGACAACGAAAUUGACUUUGAUGUUCUGCGCCUGGCGCUCGCUGGAGCCAUCCGCACCGUUCCUCAGGACGCAGUUUCCGCCCUCGAGACCGUAUUCAAGGGCCGCUUGAGUGCCACUUUCAAGGUCGUUGGCCAGUCCUUUUUCAACCCGGCCCAGAAGCCCUUCGACCUGGGCGGCGGCGUCGACGGCUGGACCGGCUUCCACCAGAGCCUCAAGCCCAUCCAGGGCGUGCCGGCCGAGGGCGCGCGCGCGCAGGAGGGCGCCCUCGCGCUUUGCGUCGACACGGCGGUCACGGCGUUCGUCAAACCGCAGCCCGUGAUCGACUUCGUCGCCUCCACCCUGCGGCUUUCCGUCGAGCAGCUGAGGAAUCGGGGUCCUCUCUCGCCCGCUGAGCUGCAAAAAGUGAUGAAAGCGCUCAGGGGCCUGACAUUGGAGGUAACCCACAUGGGUGCAAAGAAGAAGAGGAUUAAGGCGUCCAAGAUAAGCCCGAGACCCGUCGGUGACAUCCGCUUCGAAUGGGAAGGAAGAGGGGAGUGCAGCGUUCCUGAAUACUUCCGGGAACAUUACGGGUGGGACCUGCGGUUCUCGCACUUGCCCGCGUUCCUGAGCGGACAGAACGACCGGGUGGCCACGCCCUUUGAGGUAUGCGUGAUUGCGAAGGGCAACCGGGUUAAGAAGCUGAGCGACCCGCAGACGAGCGAGAUGAUCAAGCAAGCAGCACAGCUACCGGGCAAGAGGCGGACCAUGACCGAACAGAUUGUCCAAGUCAACAACUACAACGGCGACCCGCUGAUCCGAGACUGGGGCUUGGAGGUCGCCCCCGAGAUGAUGCCUGUUCAGGCCCGGGUACUGCCUGCCCCAGAGCUCGAGUAUAGGAACCGGCAGCGGAUCAGCAACCCGGGGAAGUGGAAUCUCACGCAAGGGGGGGCCAAGCAAAUGUACCAGAGCGUAUCGAUCGACAAGUGGGCGCUUCUGAACCUCGCCAGCCGGGAGCCGCGCUCCGCAGUCCCCGUCGACCGCGCGUUGCACAUCGCAAACGAGCUGGUCAAACACAGCAACAUCUUCGGACUGUCGAUGCGGGCGCUCUCGAACAACGGAAUGGUCACUGGGGACCCAAUGAAUAUCAAGCCGUGCAUCGAAUGGAUGGCGACGAAGCUGCAGCCGACCUUCGUACUGGUCAUUCUGCCCAUGGGGAAGAUUCCGCUGUACGCCGAGCUGAAGCGGAACUGCGAGGUGCUGCAGAAGGGCGGACUGGUCACGCAAUGCUGCUCGGCGGAUAAAGUACUGAAGGCGAACCAGCAGUACUAUGCGAACCUCAUCCAAAAGAUCAAUACGAAGACGGGCGGCCAAAACGUGACGUUCAAGGAUGCUCUCCUCAAGCACCCCAAGUUGGAAAACACAAUGUUCAUGGGCGCUGACGUCAGCCACGCGCCGGGGCACCGCGCCGACGUCCCCUCCGUAGCUGCGGUGGUGGGCAGUCUCAACUCGCCGGUCCCGACCCGGUACCAAGCGGAGGUGUCGGUCCAGAAGCCGCGCCAGGAGGUCAUCGAGAACCUGUACACCAAUGAGCGCGAUCCCGAGAAAGAAAGCGCAGUCAGGACCCUCCUGAGGGCAUAUUACCACCACAAUCGAGGGCGGCCCCCUAGUCGCAUCAUCUUCUACCGAGAUGGCGUGAGCGACGGUCAGUUCCGAAGCGUUCUCCAGGAGGAGGUCGCGGCCAUCAAAGAGGCUUGCAACUCCAUUGACAGCGGCUACAGCCCUCCGUUGACGUUCAUCAUCGUGCAGAAGCGGCACCAUACCCGCUUCUACCCCGAGACACCGAGCGACGGCGACAAGAAGGGCAACAUCAAGCCCGGUACCGUCGUCGACAACGUGGUCAGCCACCCGUCACUCUUUGACUUUUUCCUGACCAGCCACGAGGGGAUCCAGGGUACGAGCCGCCCAAUUCACUACUACGUGGUGUACGACGAGAACAACUUUUUGCCCGACGAGAUUCAGGCCCUCACAAAUGAUCUCUGCUACACGUAUGCAGCGUGUACCCGUUCGAUCUCUGUCGCGCCUCCGGCAUACUAUGCCGAUUUGGCGGCCACGCGGGCCCGUCUAUACAUGCAAGAUUCCUGGGAUCAAGACACGGCGUCCGUAUCGAGUGGAGAAGCGGGCGCGGAAGACCAGUGGCGAAAGUACGAGCUGCCACGCGUCCAAGAGAACCUCAAGAAGCGCAUGGUGUUCUUCUGAAGGAGGCGGGGGUGUAUACGAGAUGGGUCGCUGAGUCUGGCACGAUUGAUCAAUCCCUGUCACUUCUUUUGUACAGACAAGAGAACUGGAAGCAAGGGGUACAAAGUCAAAUAGCGAAUCGGCUCAGUACAGUGAGGGGUUCACGGCUAGAUUCAGACUAGACUGACGGCUUUCAUCCGGAUGAUACUACUAGAACGGACUCAGUGUCGCCUUUGAGUCGUCACACGGCAAUUUUCUGACUGCGUGAGGGCAAUGAUAUUGAUGGCGACGUUGGCCGCGUCCCGCUAGCAAAACGAAUACUCAUAGAAGCCAAUUCGGCAGGCUUGGCGUAUGUUACGUCGAGAAACGCAAAACCACUCGUCAAUAGGUUCAAUACUAUCUGUUGGGACCGUCUCGCUGGGACCAGCCUGAUUACGGUCCCUUGUUCAACGUAUGCGCGGCUGC